AUGUUUCCACGAUCAACAUCAUCAAAUUUAACCGAAGCAAUUAUACGAAGAAAAAAGCUUGAAAAAAAUUUUUUAGAUAAUCAAUUAUUAUCUAUUGAUCAUGAUCGAAAUAAAAUACGUUUAAAUUAUGAUCGUCAUAUGGAAACAUUUUUACAAUUAAAUCGAAAACGACAUGAAACAUGGUAUCGAUAUGAUAAACAUUUUCGUGAAGCUUUAAAAAAAGAAAAAGAUCGACAUGAAAAACGUAAAGAACGUCAAGGAUCAACAAGAAAUCUUCAUAUUAAUACUUUACCAUCACUUGUAACAUUAAAUACACGUUCAGAACCAAUAACAAAAGUUGAACAACGUACAUUUAAAGUUUUAAAUGCAUCACAAAAAUUACUUGAUGAAUCUGCUGCACGAUCAAAAUAUAAUUUUAAUCAAAAUCGUCCUUCAACAUCAUCAAGUACUUUUAAAAGUUCUUCAAUAUUAACAACAAGAAGUUCAUGUACAAAUAUUAGUACAAAUUUUAAUAUACCAAUGAUGCAGUCAAUCGAUUUUGAAGAAUAUAAUCGUUUAAUGAAUGAAUCAUUAAAAUAUGAAACAUAUUCUGAUUUUGUUGAUCAUUUUGUUAAAUUUUGUCCAGAAUUUCGUGAAAAUUUUGCACAAUUUCAUCAAGCAAAUAAACGAAAAAAUGCUGUAGAAAAAUUACGUGAAUUUAAUCAAACAUAUACAAAAACAAAAGAUCAACGUUAUCAUAAAUUAAUCGAUAAUCUUAUUGAUUUUCGUUCGAAACCAAAAUAA